GGGAGGUUUACAACUUGUUGCCAUUACCUCUUCAUACUGAAUUUGCAGAACAGACUUUAGGCUAACAACCUACCGGUAGGCAACUUCAUUUACUACUGUAUAACGCCACCCUCUGGAUGGGUAACUUUUUGGACAACACAGGAAAAUAUUUUAUGUGCUUUUUGGAAGAAAGUCAGACAUAUUUCCACUGGAAAGCCCUUGGAGGGAUGCUGUUCAUCACAACAUGGAAACAACGAGAUAUGUCUUAGUCAUUGUGCUUCUACGUGUCUUCUGUUGUUGGACUUACAGCCAAGAACUAAAUCCCAGAGGUAGAAAUGUAUGCAAAGCUGGAUCUGACAGGCUCCAAUGCUGUAGUGGCUGGGCACAGCAAGGAGAUGAGUGCUUAAUACCAAUUUGUGAGGGUAACUUCACCUGCAAAGAGAAUGAAGUUUGUGUGCGACCCAACGAAUGCCGCUGUCGUCAUGGUUAUUUUGGAGCCACUUGUGAUACAAAAUGUCCGUCUGAGUUCUGGGGGCCUGACUGCAAGGGUAAGUGUGAUUGCCAUCCCAACGGGAGGUGCGAUGAUGUCACUGGGGCCUGCACCUGUAACCCUAAUCGCUGGGGGCCAAACUGUGAGCGAGCCUGCGGCUGCCAGAAGGGCCAAUGCAACCAGGAGACAGGUGCUUGUACGUGCUACGCAGGCUUCUGGGGCCCUCAGUGCUCCAACAACUGUUACUGCAGCGUCAACUCUGUGUGUGACGUGGGGACAGGUCAGUGCCACUGCAACCCCGGCUGGUAUGGGAGGAGCUGCGGUGCCCAGUGUGUCUGCAACGGCUCUCCGUGUGACCAGCUCACCGGCCGCUGCAAGUGUCGAGAUCGUCUGUGGGGUAUUCACUGCGAGCGCAUGUGCCAGUGUGUCCAUGGACGCUGUAACCAGGCGGAUGGAUCGUGCACCUGCAGGCCAGGAUUCAGAGGGAAAUUCUGUAGGGAGCCGUGUCCAGCUGGAUUCUACGGACAAAAUUGCAGAAACAGGUGUGGUCGCUGUAAAGGCCAGCAGCCCUGCAAGGUGGCAGAGGGACGUUGCAUCGCAUGUGAAAGCGGUUGGAAUGGCACCAGGUGUGACCAGAUGUGUACCCCUGGGUUCUUUGGUGAAAACUGCAAGGAAGUUUGCUCAUCCUGCAAAGACGGACACUUCUGCAACCGCAUCAAUGGCAAAUGCCCCCACUGCAACCCUGGUUGGAUGGGUGAUCGAUGUGAGGUCAAGUGCCCAAAUGGAACCUAUGGAGAGAACUGUGUCAAUGACUGCAACAGCUGCUUCAAUGGGAUGUGUCACUUCGCCACAGGAAAUUGUCUCUGUGAUCCCGGCUUCUCUGGUGCCUACUGUAAUGUGACCUGUUCAGCGGGUCAGUAUGGGCUUAACUGUACCCAGACCUGUUCCUGCCAUGACAACAACUGCAACAUAGUGACUGGAGCAUGUAACCUACAGCCUAACCAGAGGAUGGGUGUGAUGGCAGCAGGGGUGCUGGUCACCUGUCUCCUCCUCCUGCUCCUCUCCUUGCUGUGUUGCUGCUGUGUCUGCAGACAGAACAAACAGAAUGACCCUGAGAAAAUGUCCAAAAGAAGACUAUGUGGAGGGUUCACACGAAUCAGCUCUAAACUUCCUCGUAUCCCACUGAGACGGCAGAAGCUACCCAAAGUUGUUGUGUCCCACCAUGACCCUGAGAAUACUUUCAACUGUAGUUUCAUUGAGCCCCCCUCUGCAGUGGAGCAACCCACCCCCUCCGGGUCAUCCCGAGCCUCCUUCUCUUCCGUAGAGACCACAGAGGAUGGACAUGUCUAUGCUGUGCCUGACGAAGAGAACAAAAAGAAAUGGGACAGAAUCAACACAACAGAGACUACAGUACUAGCUGAUAAUGAUAUCCCUGAGGUAGACACGUUGCCGGAGGACAUGGAUAUGACUGAGCAGGCCUCAGUUAACACCAGUGAGCUGCCACUCCAGAAGUUAUCAGAGAGUGAGGGCUCCUGCAGUGGCACAGAGUCAGCCACCAGCACCCUCCGCCUCAGGGCCUCUGCCCCUCAGCCACCCCAGCAGUCCAGCAAGGAGCCAGAGAACAAUAGAGGGUCAAACAAUGUCAAAGAUAACGGGAAGCCUAUAGCUGCUGAGAGGGUUAAACCACAGCCACCAGACCCCUCCACCAAGCCCAAGCUCUCCUGGAUCCAUGCAUCUCCUGGGCCAAAUCAGAAUCAGAUAAGUCAGGAAGAGACUGUGGCUGAGGAUAACAUUUGUUCCAGAAAGAAAGCCAGCAAGCAUCAAACUCCCAACGCCCCCGAGUCUGCAGGUACAGAUGGGGCCAGCUCCAUAGGUGAGAAGAAGCCAAAUAAAAGCAGACCAGGUCGGUUGCAGAUAGAGCACAUCAACGGGGCAGUGCAGAGUGUCCUCAGGAAAAUGGGCAACUUCCGGAAAACUGCAAUCCCCAAAGAGUCCCCAGAGAAGAGCCCCAGCUUAUCCCUAAACAGGGAGGUUAACCAACCGAACAUACACUCUGAGGUAGCCUCCCUCUUAACUGCUCAGCUGAAGGAGAAGACUCAGAGCCUGAACAGGAGUGAGGCCGGCAGCUGUGAGGAGAGCCUGUCUCACUUCCAGGCCCAGAGAAAGAAGCCCACCCCGCCCCAAAAGACCUCGGGCACCCAGCCUGGAGCUGGAAAGGCUUUGCUUCCCACAUCCGCCAGCUCACAGAAGCCUCUGCCAGAUACUCCAUCUAAAGAAGCCAAAAGCCCAGAGAAACAAGACUCUAACAACUCUGAAAGCAGAUCAGAUAAGGGAGAGCCCAAAAAUAAGACCCCAAUGAAAAAGCCUCCUCGAAAAAAGCGCAAGGAAGGUAAUGUAGACUCAAAAAUACAGACUACUACUCCAAAGGUUGCAGUGAUGCCACCAAAGGCUGCAAAUUAGCAUGGCCAGUCUUGAUGUUUCUCAAUUCUGGGAAAACAAUGACGCACAUGUUGUGAUGCUUGAAAGAAUUUAUUGAACACGUUUCAUUGUAUUUUGCACCAAAUUGAAUAACGAUGGAAUCUUUUCCCUUCGGUGGAUGUUUUUGAUCUUGAGAAAUGUUAUGAUACAAUGCAGUAUUCUUUAUAUUUUAACUUUUUAUAUUCCUUCACUUUAGUUACUUUUAAAAUCAAUAUAUUAGUAAAAGUGCUAAGACAUCAGAAUACUUAUUUACCAACCCUCGUUAUUUUACUCAUUUCCUAUUUUGUUCAUAUUGAAUAAACCAAACACCCCAAAAUCUCGAUUUUGCAUCUCCUACAUCUACUAAAUGUUUUAAGUUGGAUAGUUGAUCCCACUGCCCAGAACUGUGAAGCCACGACAGGACCACAGACAAACAAGAGGUGUGGCGUAUUGAUGGUGGAACAGUCUGGGGUCUGUGUAGAGCGCCCUGUGGCUGUCUGACACAUGUGCUACAGUUGUGUGUGUGCAGUUUGUUGGGGGAAUGGUAGACUUUGAGGCAGCUGUAAAGGCUACAGAAGAUCAUAUGGUGUUUAAUUGAAUCCAGACUGUUGGUACCGGUCGUCCAGAAUCCAUGAUGUGACCUGCUUAGACAGGAACAUCUCUCCCUUUGCUAUCAGGAGUCACAGACAAAGCAAAGACACAUUUAGGAGCAGCAAGGUCCUGAAAAUAAGUUGUUAUUAAACAUAAAUAAGUAACACAGUAAGUAAGUAAGUAACAUUGUAAGAUUGGCAGAUCACUUGAAAUAAUACUGUAUGUCCACACAGACCAGCUGCCUUGUUGUGAAAGGUAGAUCAUAAUGAACGCAUUGAUAGAGGCUCCAACAUGCUUUCAAGACAUGACUGCGUGCAUUGCUGCAUGCAUAGGCGCCUAUACAUCAUUAUUUAAUUCUAUAAGUUUUACUGUGGAAAAAGGAUGGGGCCUAGUUGUGGGAAGGGGACUAGAAUUACGUUUUGACUGCCUGUUUAAACAUCUCCCUGGAGCUUGGUCUGUGUCUGAAUACCAGGCCUUGAGAAGCAACCACCAACUCAAUCCUGUCCCAGAAUCCUCUUGGGAGACAGUGGUUACCAUAGAGACACCCUAUGAAAGCAUUAACAUCUUGUAGCCAUUACAUCGUUGGAAAAACAUUUACGAGUUGAGGAAAAAAGCAAAUAUUUUCUGCUAAGCAAAGCAGAAAACCUAGUGAUAACGCCUAAAUAUCAGUAUGACCUAAUUGGACACCUUGGUCUCAGUAACAAACAUAAGUUGUUACCUAAAUAUGGUUUUAAUUUGAUGUUGAACUCCACGUCUCUCCCUGCCCUAGUUCCACAGAAACUUGCCUGACCUUACCAGGAACUGAGACCCGGCUGUGGCUCUUUACCUACCUCCUUAGAAAUAUGAAUAUACAGCAAUAACAUAUGUGGACAUGGACACUUUCUGUACUACCC